AUGUUCCGCAACUCUUACGACUCGGACAACACCACCUUCUCGCCUCAAGGCAAGCUUCACCAGGUCGAGUAUGCUCUCGAGGCCGUGAAGCAGGGUUCGGCGGCGAUUGGCAUGCGCUCCAAGACGCAUGCCAUCCUGCUCACCCUCAAGCGUUCGACUGGCGAGCUUGCGACGUACCAGAAGAAAAUGAUCACCAUCGACGACCACGUCGGUAUCGCCAUCGCCGGUCUGACGUCGGACGCCCGUGUGCUUAGCAAUUCAAUGAGGCAGCAGGCCAUGCAGUCCAGGAUGCUGUACGGACGUCCCAUCCCCGUCGCCCGUCUUGUCCAGACCAUUGCCGACAAGGCCCAGAACAACACGCAGAUUUACGGUAGGAGGCCGUACGGAGUCGGAUUCCUCGUUAUCGGCCAGGACGAGACUGGACCGCACCUGUUCGAGUUCUCUCCCGCGGGAACAGCGUUCGAGUACUACGCCCACUCGAUCGGUGCGCGCUCGCAGUCUGCCAAGACGUACCUUGAGCAGAACUACGAGGCGUUCGAGGACGCGUCGCUGGAGGAGCUUGUGCGCCACGGACUGAAUGCGCUCGCGGACACGCUGCAGCAGGACAAGAACCUGACCAAGCGCAACACGAGUAUCGGCAUCAUUGGACCGUCGACCGAGGCCGUCGACCGCGCCGAGGAGGGCAAGGUGUCGGGUGCCGCGCAGCGCGGGUACUUCCGGGUGAUUGAGAAUGACGAUGUCGAGCCCAUCCUCCGCUCGUGGCGCAGGUCGCGCGGCGAGCCUGAGGACGAGCCUGAGGCUGAGGGCGAGGGUGAGACGCAGCAGCAGGGCGGAGACGCGGCGCAGCCGCAGGACGACGUCGAGAUGGCCUAG